AUGGAGAAGAAACGCGUUUCUGCUAUCGGUGGAAUGCCUGAAGGAGUUAGUUACCUCCUGACUGACCCACUGCGCGUCUCAUCUCACUGUAAUACUUGGCCCUUCGUCACAAUGGUCAUUGUGUAUCCUCUUGUUGACAGUUCUUUUCUUUUCUGUAACGUUUAA